GGGAGUAUAUGUAACAUAAACAAUCACCUGUUUAUUUAUGGUUUGAAGGCUUUUCUUGAAUUUGCAAAUAACACUCGCAUUCAUCUUCAUCUCCGGCAAUACCACUAUGUGGGCUCUACGUCGAUCUUCCACUUCGCUCAAGAACCGGGGAAUUACCUUAGGAAGCUUUCAAGCUGGUUCUGCUAAAGUGGGAAUAUCAAGCUCUUACCUAGAACAUGAUGCUGAAAUAGUUGGGCAUGCACAAGUAAUUUCUGAUCCGUUUUUAUGUUCAAUGAGUUAUCGUCAUAAGCAAUGUGAAUCACUAAAACUCUAUAUUGGAAAGCAUCAUUUGUCUUCACAUGCUGGCAUGAGGUACAGUAAAGAUGAGGAUGAUGAUCUCGGGGAUGGGUUUUCUGAGCUUGAAACUCUAGCUAGUGCUGAUGAGACCCAAGCAAGAAGUGCAUCAUGUGAAGGUACUGAUGAAUUGAUAUCUGAAUCUGAGCUUUCUGCUAGGGGCAGUGAUGACGAAGUGGCGGGAUGUAAAAAAGAGCUGGAAUUAUCAGAUAUUAAGGCUGAGAGAAGUAAGAAAAAUGUUGAACAAAAAAGUACUUCUGGCAAAUUGUUGAACGCUGUUAUAACUGCUCCAGCCUUGUCUAUUAAAAGUGUGUUGCACAAGUGGGUUGAAGAUGGAAAUGAGGUGAAAAAAUAUCAUAGAAAAAAGAUCAUUUCAUAUCUUCAGGAACGUCAGAUGUAUGGGAGGGCCUUGCAGGUCUUAGAAUGGUCUGCGGAUCGAUAUGAAUUUUCUGAAAGAGAUUAUGCUUCUCGCCUUAAUUUGACUGCCAAAGUACAGGGCCUUGUAAAAGCAGAACAGUACAUUAAGGAGAUUCCAAAAGCUCACAGAGGAAAGGUUGUCUGCCAGACAUUUUUGGCUACUUGUGUCGUCGUCGAAAAUUUAAAGAAGGCAGAAGAAGUGUUCAACAAAAUGAAAGACUUGGGGAUUCCGCUUACAGCCUUCGCUUGUAAUCAACUGCUCUUGAUGUGUAAGAGAACUGACAAGAAGAAAAUGGCUGACAUAUUGGUCCACAUGAAGAACGAAAAUGUCAAACCCACUGUCUUCACUUAUAAUCUAUUAAUAGACACCAAAGGCCUGUACAAAGAUAUAAGUGGAAUGGAUCAAAUAGUAAAAACCAUGAAGGAAGAGGGAAUAGAGCCUGUUAAGCAGACUCUUAACAUAAUGGCAAAGCAUUACAUCUCUGCCGGGUUUAUAGAUAAAGCUGAAGCUGUUGCGAAAGAGAUGGAAGGAGGUGAUUUAAGGGAUAACCGUGAUGCUUGCAGGUAUUUGUUGGAAAUAUAUUCAUUGCUUGGGAAGGCAGACGAAGUGAAUAGAAUUUGGAAAUUUUGUGAAUCCGAUGCCAAUUAUUUUGAGUGUGUAGCUGCUAUUGAAGCUUUAGGAAGAUUAAAGAAUAUUAAAAAAGCAGAAGAAGUCUGCGAGCAGACGAGAAAAGGGUGGAGAAAGUCCUCUUCAAAGGUUUAUUCUACUCUGUUGAAAGUCUAUGUGGAUAAUAAAAUGCUGACCGAGGGAAGAGAUUUGGUGAAGCAGAUGGCAGAGAGUGGGUGCAUUAUUGGUCCACUAGUUUGGGAUGCGCUUGUCAGACUUCAUGUGGAAGCUGGUGAGGUAGAAAAAGCCGACACAAUUUUGCACGAGGCUAUUCAGCAAAAGCAGAUGAAGCCUUUCUUUUAUACAUUCAGAACAAUUAUGGAGCAGUAUUCCAAGAUGGGUGAUGUACACAAUGCAGAAAAGAUAUUCCACAGAAUGCAAGAAGCUGGUUACGUGGCCAGGUACCAGGUAUUUGGAAUUCUACUUGAAGCCUAUGUAAACGGCAAGACUCCAGCUUACGGAAUGAACCAGAGAAUGAAGGCCGAUAAUAUAGUUCCGAACCAGCGAUUAGCUGCACUGUUAGUCCAGGUAGACCCAUUCAAGAAAACCCCCGCAUCUGAACUUAUGGAUUGAAGACUAGUAGCUUACAAGUAGAAGCAGCAAUACCUAUGUCCGCUGUCCAGCCAACCCCUGUCUUUGACGCUUAUUCUUAUUAUAUAUAAUCCAGAUGUUUCAAAUAUUAUGAACUGCUCUGUGGCUAGUAUUCCCUUCUCCUGUUAGAGCAACAGGAUGUAUAUGAUUAACUACUCUGGAAUUUGUUUACUGUGUUCAGCCCCUAACUUUGUUUAAAACAACGCAGUAUUGAUGCAAUUAGGUCAAAUCGACUUUGUACAUCCAAUUAAAAGUUAAAUGACCUUCUUUCUUUCUU